GGCAAAUUUGCAAAAUGCAAAGUUUCUCUCAAAACUUGUUUGUCGGCGACUAGAGCUGCCCUCGACUUUGUCAAACAUGCUCGAAUGUUUGCAGUGGAUGUCGGUGAAGCAACGAAUCGAGUACAACACCCUCGUUUGAAAGAAUGGAUGGCGCCACAAUACUUGACGGAACUGCUAUCCAUGAGCAUGACACUAGAAGAGUUGACGGUCUCAGAUUGCAGAACUGGAAAAAGGCAUGCACGCAGAACUCGCUGUUUUACAAAGGAUUUAAGCUCUACAACCAGCUUCCAGAGGCUGCUGAGAUGACGAGCAACAUAAACGAGUUUAAACGGAGCUGCAAGGAGUUUGUACGGCAACGGCCGUUGGAGUAGAAGUGAUCCAGGAUGGUACUGUGACGAAGAGCACGUUAUGACGAAUCUGAUCAAAGGUAACACGUAUCUGGACGCUGUUUAACCCUAUGUGCUCAUAUGCGUUUGGAAAAGCAAAUGGUUUCAAUACCCUAAAUCUAUUGAUUGAGAAAAAUACUCAGCACAUAUUCGUAAGAGCGCCUUGACAUGAGAUACGAGAGAUAUUGAUGAGUAUACACGGAACAAGAGUAAAGAUUGCAGGACACUCUCAAAACACGAACCAAGAAUUAUCGAAAGAUAACUGCUCGUAAACCUUCCAUGCUACAAAAAAUUAAGUAAACAUCUUCAUCGAGAUGACAUCAUAACUGCGUGGUUGCAGACCAUUUUCUCAAGAACUUCAAUUGAAGUGCUAAUUUAUUCGCCAAACAACUCGCACCGCUCGUUUGAACACCACUCGCAUUCUCUCCAAACUCUUCUCGAGAUCACCACGCCAUGGCCAACGUCGUCACCGGUCCUCAGCAGUUCGACCUACCGCCGGAACUCUGGCCGCGAAUCUUCGCCCACUUGCAGCCCCAGCAGCUCUUGUCGCUCCGACUGGUUUGCCGCCGCUGGAAGGCGAUUGCAGAUCGCGAGCGGCCCCUCUGGAACCGCAUUUGCAUCCACGUUCCAGACGGAGUGACGCUGGACGCCCGAUUUCGAAUGAAGAGCUGCGCUCCAUCAGUGACCUGCCUCAAGCUGAACCGGGCAAACAUCGUCACCGUUGACUCGUGGUGGCGUUCUCUCGGCGAACGGUUGACCUGCAUCGAGAUGAGGGAUUGCCGGGUGGCGCUCGGGACGUUGCUGGGGAUGUUGAGGUGCACGCCGAAUUUGAGGCGGCUGUCCUUGCGGUACACUGCGUUCACUUGUAGGGAGGAACCGGUCGUGAACUUCAAGUUGGAUAGGAUGGAGGAACUUGACCUGUACUUUGAAGAACUGUUCGAGGUUUACGUGCGGAUCUUUCCUCGGUUGCGUAGGUUUUCCUACGAUCAUAUGGAAACGGACUGGGACGGGAUACGGGACCGGUUGAUACAAUCGACACAGGGAACGCUGCAACAUCUGGAGUUCUACCCCACGGCAAAGCUGCUUCAAGCCAUGACCAGCAUGGAUCGUCUCCGGCUAAGCAGUGUAACGCUGUUUACUCACAUGCAAGAUCAUGAUCAGCAUGACGCUGCGCGGCUGUGCCGCGUUCAACAAUCGCUGGAGCGGCUUGUAAUUCCCGGUGUUGUUGCCCAAGAUUCGAUACUUUGCGAAAUUGGCCGCAAUCUGCGCGGACUCAAAGUCCUCGACACGUACAUCGAAGAAAUGGAAGCUUGUCGGCCGACCUUCCUGGCAACGAUGCCCAACCUGGAGCUUCUAACCCUCAGAGGAUACGGCAAGCAACCGAUCGACUUCACCGGAUUCUCGAACCCCAAUUUGAGGCAAGCUCGCUUCUGGUACUUGUCCUUCGAACAAGCCAGUCUGUCCUCAUUCCUGAACGGUUCCCCAAACCUCCAACUCCUAUCGCUGAGCGAUUGCGAUCUGACCGAGACCCGCUUCAUCCAACCACGCACCGCCAACCUGCUCCAAACUCUCGAGCUGCUCGACGGCGACCACAUUCCCAACAAAUCCCUGCUCCAACUGACCACCCGCUCGCCCCACCUCAAGACCCUGACGCUGAACCGGCUCCCGAACCUGGACGACGCCACGUUCCGGGCCUUGUACCGCGCGUUGCCCCGGCUGACCCAGCUAACGCUGGAGGCCUGCGACGGCGUAACGGUGUUCGGCGGCUUGCGGCACCUUCUGAUCCGAUGGCCGAGCGCGUUGGAGCGGGUGGAGGUUCGGAGUGGUGAAGACGAGGCCGUCCGGAAGUUGGUGCGGGAGGUUCGAGAGGGGUUGGAAGGAUUUGGGGUGCGGUACGAGGGAAGGCGAUUGGGUGAGGGUAAGGAAUCUGAUGUAAGACAUCAGUUUAGUCGCUAAUUUGAUCAAAAUCUUAAAUAAAACAAGGAAAUUUUACAUAAAAUUGUGGUUUUAA